AUGUCGAAACUCUCCAAGGUCAAUCAUGCCGCCGGCAUCUUCGCCGAUAUGUCGGUCGAUGGACCCCCCAUUGGUACUCUCGUCGCCAUUAUCGACCGAGCAAAGAACCUGCCCAAUCGCAAAACCAUGGGCAAACAAAAUCCCUAUUGUGCCGCACGACUUGGUAAAGAAGCGAAGAAGACCCCAACAGAUCUACGGGGCGGACAAACACCACGAUGGGACCACGAAUUGCGUUUCACUGUACAUGAGUCUCCUGACUACUAUAAACUGAAGGUGUCUGUCUUCAACGACGAUAAAAAGACCGACUUGAUCGGAGAGACAUGGGUGGACCUGCAGAACUUGAUUAUCCCCGGCGGAAGCCAGAAUGACCACUGGCAUUCAUUACAAUGCCGAGGCAAAUACUCAGGUGAUAUUCGAAUCGAAAUGACCUACUACGAUACUCGGCAACAAGAUGAGGCUGUGAUUGAACGACGGAAAGAAGCCGCGGAUAGAAUCCAAGGCAAAGCCCCUACAACCACAAGCUCCGGCCUCUCUGGUCCUCGACAAUUGAACCAAGUCAAGCGACGCCCAUUGCCAACAGAUCCCUCUGGAGUUGCUCCUCCCCGCCCUUUGCCAGUAGAAAAACCACAGUCGGCUCCUCCAUUGCAACAGCCAGUACCGUCACGACCAGCCAUGCGUGAGCACGCCCACAGCAUGUCACAAGUCGAAAAUCCAGCCUUACACCCUGCUCCUCUACGACACCCCGAGCCUGCUUACGACUCCCCAUCUUACGAACCACAACACCAACAACCUACUAUGCAGCCCCGAGGGGGUUACGAGGCCCACGAUAAUUAUCAGCGAGAAUGGGAUACCCCUGCUCCCGCUCUUCCCCCGGCCGGAACAAUGCGACGGAAUACACAGGAAAUGCCAUACGCAGAAUCGGCCUAUGAUUUACGACCAUUACAACCACGCAGUCAAUCUGACUUUGAUCAACCUCCCCCCCCGCGACUAUCGCUCCACAAGUGA